UGAUAAGUGUAAAGCAUGCAUGCAAGUUCAAAACCCUCUUGUAAUCCCACAUGUCCUCCUUCUUUAAGUUUCCCAAACACGUACCCACCGUAUGUUUCCAAGUGUCAUAUCUUGCUUUUCUCUACCUUCAUGUUUUGCCCUUCUCUCAUUGGCUUAUUCCACCCUUCUUAUACCUCUACCUCAGCCCCACCAAAAUUUCUCCCCAACUCUCCUCUCUGUAACUGAAUUUGGGAUUUUUUUUGGUUAAGAGGAGUUUUAAAAGAGUUCUUUUUUUCCUUCACAAAUAAUGCAGGCUUUGAAUCCUUACCCUUCAACCUCAAAAACAGCUCAGAUCAUGGCUAGAUACAGACCCAUAGCACCAAAACCAGAGGCUCCAACAAGUCCAGUUUCUGAUGAGAAUAAUCCAAGUGGAUUGCCACCAAAUAUUCAAAAGUCUCCUUUCUUGAGGAAUGUAUGGCCUCACUUGCAAGCAAGGCCUACAAGGACUAGGAAGAGAGGAAGGACUACUCUUGGCCCACCUCCUAUGAAAAGAGCCAGGGCUAAUUACUUCCCUUCUGCAGGCCAGUUUCCUACGUAUCAUCAGGUAAUGACUGCUUCUCCUGCUCAUAGACAAAAUGUGGUUCCUCAGUUUACUUUGAUCCCAAAUCUUGUCCCUCUUAAAUGUGGUUUGGGUACCCCUGUUACUACUCCAGCAAAUUCCAUAACACUCCCUCUUCUUACUUGUACUACUACUACCCUUCCUAUGCUAGUGGAGAAUAACGCUAGUGGAGAGGAACUUAGAGGGAUAGAUUUGAAUUUGGCAGCUGAUGUCCCUGAAGAAUUAGAUUUCAUGUCCCAAUUUCAAGGUCCAAAGAGUCCUGGAGUUAUAACACCACAGCCAGUUCGCCCGGUUGGGUCUAGUAUUUCCAUUGGUUGUAUCAAUGAGGAAGAGGUUGCAGAUGUUGGUGGAACUAACAAGAAAUUUAUGAAGAAACCAGAGGAGGUGGAGGAAGAAGUUGAAGCAGAGGCCUUGCCAGCUGUCAUAUCAGAUUCGAAUAACAAAGUAAGGCUAACAAAUUCAGCAUAUAACGAGAUGGUGGGUCAACCUGAAUGUUGCUGGUUGGAUUACAUGGUUGUUGGCAAUGCAUGCAAGAGAAUUGGUGGGGAAGUGAUGCUUGAGUUCUCUGAUUCUUGCAGUGUGCCAAUGUCAUCAGAUGGAUUUACUUGCUGGGUGAAGAUAGAAUGGGGAGCUGAUGCUCAAGGGAAAAAGAAUUCUGUCAAAGCCUUCUGUAAUGCUGUGAAGUUGGCUUGCCAGUCCAAAGAUUAUGCCUUUGAGUGGAGGUUCCACACCACAGAUGAUGAUGCUCCUGAAUCAGCUGCUUCCCAUAAUUAAACAGUUUUUAUGAUCAAAUUGUGAAUACAGUUUAACUAGUUUAAUGUUGUAGAGUGCCGGUUAAACCUUAUGCAAUAUAGUAGAAGCCUAGAGAAAGUAGGAAAUGAGUGUAGUUUAAUUAUGUUUAGUAGUUGUUUCCAGCUUAAUUAAGUACGACAUGCAAGAUAGUAGAUCUGCAAUGAUCCUACAUGUACAAAGCUAUGUGCCUAUUGUCAAGUGUAUGUUUCUUAGUUUCUUGCU